ACUUCAUCACUCACUCAUUUCCUUAACCAUUCUACAAAGUUUCAAAUCCAAAAAAGAUUCAAUUUUUUCUUUAAUUACCAAAAGUUUGAAACAUGGGAUUGAAGGGAUUUGCAGAAGGAGGAGUGGCUUCGAUCGUAGCCGGAUGCAGCACUCACCCACUUGAUCUGAUAAAAGUGAGGAUGCAGCUUCAGGGAGAGGCCAUCGCCACCGCCGCCCCAAUUCAUCAAUCCCUAUCCGCCCUCCAACCACCUCGUGUGGGCCCCAUCUCCGUCGGUCUUAGUAUCAUCAAGCACGACGGCGCCAAGGGUCUCUUCUCCGGCGUCUCCGCCACCGUCCUCCGCCAGACCCUUUACUCCACCACCCGAAUGGGCCUCUACGAAAUCCUCAAGACCAAAUGGACCGAUCCCGACACCAACACCCUCCCCCUCGCCAGAAAAAUCGCCGCCGGACUCAUCGCCGGCGGAGUCGGCGCCGCCGUCGGGAACCCCGCCGACGUGGCCAUGGUCCGGAUGCAGGCCGACGGCCGCCUCCCUCUGUCGCAGCGGCGCAACUACAAGAGCGUGGUAGACGCCAUUUCGCAGAUGUCGAAAAACGAGGGGAUUGGUAGCCUGUGGCGCGGGUCUUCCCUCACGGUGAACCGCGCCAUGGUGGUGACCGCGUCCCAGCUGGCGUCGUACGACCAGUUCAAGGAGAUGAUUUUGGAGAGGAAUUUGAUGCGGGAUGGCCUCGGGACGCACGUCACGGCCAGCUUCGCGGCAGGGUUCGUGGCAGCGGUGGCGUCCAACCCCGUGGAUGUGGUGAAGACGCGGGUGAUGAACAUGAAGGUGGAGGCCGGGAAGGCGGCCCCAUACAGCAGCGCAAUGGACUGCGCGGUGAAGAUGGUCAAGGCAGAGGGGCCUUUGGCGCUUUACAAAGGAUUUAUUCCCACCAUUUCGAGGCAGGGCCCUUUCACCGUUGUUCUUUUCGUCACCUUGGAACAAGUUCGCAAAUUAUUCAAGGAUAUGUGAAAUUAGUUAGUUAGUGAUCGUCUGAUCGAUGAUGACGACUACGAAAGCCAUAAUCAUUUAAUUAUUCUUUUAUACUACCAUCUUUCAAUGUGAAUGAUACUAAAAUUUAGUACUAUAAAAUAUUCAAACGUGUACAUUCCAUUUUUUGAUCUUGAACUCAA